UUAUUUAUUACUUUAUUUUGUUUAUAUAUUUUUCAUCAAUCAUCUUGAAACAUAUUUAUAUAAAAAUAAACAAGACAAUCCACUUAAGAUACCUAUAUCAUAUAUAUGAAGAAGCAACGAAUUUUUAUUAUACUUUCGUAUCAUGUAACAUUGCGCAGAAAACUUGAUGAAGGACCAGGAUAAAAGAUUGUGUGCGCGCGCGUCAUGGAUGUACAGAUGGCUUAACGUAGUAUAUGUGCGUUUACUUGUGAAGUGGGGGAAGUGGGGGAGACUGGCGUAUUCUAUGGGCGGGGCCUCUGCCAGCUGGCAGAUGUUUCCCGCGCGGCCGCACCAUUCCUCUAGCGUAAACCUACGCGACAUGAAAGUAGUCCCUUCUAUCGCGUUAAAUAUUUCUAACAAUAGCUCGCUAAGAAGCAUCUAGAUAUACCAGUGAUCUGUUGUAAAGCAGUAGGUAGCCUGUUUACAACUACCUGCAGAAAACUGUGGAAACGCAAUAUGAAACCAAAGAUGAGCUGGUGUGGGAUUGGUCCAAAGAGAGUCAUUGUCCAGGGCAGAGUACGAUAUAGAGUUCACCCUAACCGCGUCCAUUAAACUUUUCGCGAGUGCCUUGAAAAUGGUUUUCGAGCGUUUAAUACCGUGAAUCUUUGUGCACGUCUGCAAUUGUGUACCUGCAAAUGUUACUAUUGUGUUUUACCAGAAUAGAAAAUCAAGACAACGAACUUUAUUACGCAUUCGAUUAUAUUUUCAUUUAUAUAGUUUCACUACUACAGUGUGUGAGUGAUAUUUCCAUCGAUAAAGUAUCCUGGAUAAUAAUAUUUAGUAUGUGUCACGUGAUGGUUUUGUCGGCAUAUACGUAUAAAAUUAUCUUAUAAAUCGCGAUGAAAUUUAUAGAACGAUUGAUUUGAAAUGUAGUACUAUUUUAUGAAAUAUUGGACAUUAUCAAUUCAUAUUUUAAAUCUUAUAGUGAAAUUUAAGUACUUUGUUAAUAUUCUUAUUUAUAUAUGCGUAUUGAUAUUAAUUCCAUUGAACAAAUAUAUACGAUUAAUUGAAGAUAUGUUAGAGUGCAUACACGAUAAAAAUAAGUUGUAUUAAAAAUUGAAUGUGUUUGACGGCACUUAAAAUUUGCAAAAAUUUUGUAUAAAUAAAGAGUGACGCAUAUUUAUAAAAGGGAGAAAGGGGCACUGAAUGGACCAUAAAUGGUGACGGCCCUGAAGCCGGUGGCGGAGUGAUUCGUGGUACUCUGUGGGGGCCCUCAGCUGUUUCCCGCCAAAGAUCGCCAUUACAAAACGCGUUCGGGCGUUGUGUGUGCGCCGCGCGGAGUGGCUGUUCCGUGGACGAAUCUCGGUGCGUGCCACCGUGGUUUAAAAAAUUAAUUAACGAGUUCCGGAGAAUCCGCGUCAUAGGCGUGAGGUGUGCGCGUCGUUUUUGUGGAGUGUGCGAGAAAAGCCCGUCGUCUUUUCGCUGCCGCGACGACGGUUGCUGGGACGUGGAAUCGCGCGGCGGGAUUCUCAGUGCUGCGGACUAACGAGAUAUGUCAGUGUUUGGUAGUGAGGAUCGAAUUCUACUUGAAGAAAUUGUUGAAACCACCGAGGAACAAGAAACUAAUUUGUGCGGAAGCAUUGGAACAGUGGAGGAGGGCUCGGUGGCCACGAGCGUGACGAUCGCCGAGGUCGUUGAUUCGCAAGAGCAACAGCAACAGCAAUCGAAGAGCAACGGCGCAGUAUCUCGCCGUGUUGCUGGUCAAAACGUUGCGCUGAGCAACGGCAAUAGUACCAGCAACGUCGGCCGUGUGACACCGCGAAGCCACAUGGAGCAGGAGAAGCGUAUGCGGCGAGAAAUCGCCAACAGCAAUGAACGACGUCGGAUGCAAAGUAUUAACGCCGGUUUCCAAUCGCUGAGGACGUUGCUGCCGCACCACGAGGGCGAAAAACUUUCCAAGGCUGCGAUACUUCAGCAGACUGCCGAAUAUAUAUACCAGCUGGAACAAGAAAAGACCCAACUGUUGUCACAGAAUUGUCAAUUGAAACGACUGGUGAACCAGCACGAGGGUGGCGAUGUUCCGAUCAAGAAACGCAAACCAGAUAAUCAAGGAGGCGUCGUGGUCAGUCUGCCGAUGCACGUUAGCGAGAGCGGCGACGAAGGAUUGGGCAGCAUGUCCCCUGAACCAUUGUCGGUAAUAACGGUAACCACGGAGGGACAUUCCGUGGUCAACAACGAGGUGGUAGAGCUGAGGCGACAGUUAGAGAGGGAGCGUCACGCGAGGUUGCGCCUAGAGAAGCAAAUGAGAGUUAUACAGAAUCAACUGUAUCCGGAGAGAUUCAGAGAUAAUCAGCUAAUCACUUACCAACCUCACGAGGUGAUCGAACACACGGACAACGUGAUCGCUCAAGAAACGGAGGAUGCAGUUGCCGCGCUUCAGGUAGUUUCCGUGGUGUCUUUGGCACAGGUUGGCACGACGCAGACCGUGGAAACGUCUAGUCCGGAUCCGAGUUCACCGCCCCUGUCUCCACAGCCCGCGGACAUGGUACCAGAGGAGAUCAAAGAGGAGGAGUCAGGCCCGGGCUCGCCAAAGAUCGUGACGUUCGGCCAGAACCAGGUGUUCUCCGCGAUCGACGAGCAGACUACCGGCGACUCGUUCUCCUCCUCGAGUCGCGUCACGUACACCACGGGUACGGGGGAGUUCAAGAACGCGUCACCCCAGUACAUCACCACCAGCCCCACCAGACCGUUCUCGCCGGCCGCGGAACCGCAGCGGCUACCCAGCAUCCUCGAGGCCGCGAUGAAAGCGGAGCCGAAGGUCGAGGUCGAGAGGUUGCCGUCGCCAUCGAACUCGUUGGACGACGGUUCCCCGCAGGCCAGACUCUAUCUGGCCAACACCUCGAGACAGAAUCUGGAAACGAUCGUCGAAGCGAUACGCCACCUCGAAGGAGACCAUCUGUUCAGCGACGAGCCGGCCCAGGAUGUGCCGCUGGCGUUGACCAAUAAACAAACGGCCAUCACGUCGAGCAAGACGUCGACGACGCCCGGCGCGUCGCCGGCAGCGUCAGCCAAGCAACGGCUACUCCAGGCCGAGUUCCUCCAGUUCCACAGGCAGCAACAGCAGACCCAACAGCGGCCGGGCGUGAUCGUGGUGAAGCACUCGUGAUCGAAAGGCGCGUCGCGAUCGGCAAACUGAACGCGCGCGUCCGCCGCGGCAAACUCGCCUCCGCUCGAGAAUUAAAACGAACAAUCGAAAAAAAUCCCGCGACGCGACAUUCGAGACAUCAAGAGGAAUAUUUGCUUCGAGAAAAAGUGCGUUGUACACGUGAGAGAGAGAGAGAGAGAGAGAGCGUGCGUUAAGUAUAUAGAAGAGAGACGAGAGGAUGAAGAUUGGGGAGAGAGAGAGUGUGUGAGAGAGAGAGAAAGGGAGGGAGAGAAAGAGAGAGAGAGAAAGAGGAUAUAAGAACUUUUCAACGACAAUGUUUUACGCUCGAGCCGGAGGCUCCGUUUCCUCUAAGAGACGCUCGGCAAGGUCUCCUUGCGUUCGAUGUUGCAAUCGUCGACCGACCAUUAUUAAUUAUCGGUGUUGCGUUCGGUCGGCGUUUCCGUAUGUUCCUACUGCCCGUCGUGUCCGCCUUCGUUUCGAUCCAUCUCUCGAUCCCGUGCGUCCAUCCAUGUGCGGGAUCCAUGGCGUCAAAAAAAGAAAAAAAGAAUAGAAAAGAAAAGAAAAGAAAUCGUCGUUACUAUUACCGUUCGUUCGAUCGGAUCAGAGAUCCUGGAACACGUUUGGUGUGAGAGUCGGUUUCGAAGGGGGUCGUCGGUCGAUUUCCACAAUGGAACGAUUGACGACGAAACGCGGGGAGAAGAGAGGGGGAGGGAUCGCGGCCGAUCGCGAAUUUUAUUUCGAAGGAGGAGGAGAAGGAAUUCGCGGUCGGUCUCCCUCGGAAAACACGAAACGAAGGUAGGACCAAAGUCGAAGCUCGACGAAAGGGAUCCUCGCCACCGAGUCGUCGAAAAUGUUUCCCUCGAUUCAUCAUCCCCCAAGGCGCCUCCCCUUUCUUCACUUCACGCUCCAUCCCAAUUCCAUCGUCACCAUUACUAUUACCUUUUCGCUAACUUCUUGUAAAUAUCACCUUUCGGUUCGCGGCGUGUCGUCUCGUUUCCCCCUUUUUUUUUUUUCCUUCUCUUUUCUUCCUUCUCUUUCUCAUUCUUCUUCUUCUUCUUCUUCUUUUCCACCUUUCUUUCCUUCUUACACUCAACGAGAACUCCGCUCGCGAACAUCGCGUUCCCCAUGUGUCUUACUUCCCUCUUUCUCUCCCUCCCCUCCCCCUCCCUUCUAUCCAUCUCCCACGAAUCUCGAAAGAUUCAUCCUCUCCUUAUUAUUAUAUUUGCUCCUUCGUAUUGCUCUUCAUCGAAGUCGAAUUCGUCUUUCCCAUCAUCCCUCCAUUCAUCCCUUCGCGAAUCGAGACAGCGAAGCGAGCGUUUCACUCCUCGUGUUAUCGGGGAUAUAAAUAAUAAUAAUAAUAUUAUCAUUUCUUUUCUCUUUUUCGUAGGCUUAAGAUGAAUUGCUACCACAAUUAAUAAUUAUUCAUAGAUAAGUAAGGCUGCGUAUGCUGUAUAUCGUACCGAUGAUGUAUACAUAUGUACACACGACAUAUAACGUAUAUUACAAGAGACGUGUAAUUGGUACGAGAUCCCCCUUUCCGCGAAUUUGUGCGUGGAUAUAUAUAUAUGUAUAUAUAUGUGUGUAUGUAUGUGUAUAUAUAUAUAUACACGCGCAUAAUACUUAUCUACUUUCUCUUUUUUUUUUUUUUUUUUUUUUUUUUACAUAUUGUUACGAGAAUUCAAAGAAAAAAGGAAAGAAAGAAGAAGCUAUCCAUUUAUAUAGAGAUACUUAUAUAAUAAGUACGCGAGGAGAAGGUUCACACUUUUCGACGACGCCGUAUUAUAUUUUUUUAAUUUCUUGCUCCCUCUCCCUCCCAUCCCAUCCCUCCCCUCCGCGUCCCACUCCCUUUCUUUCAUUUUGCUUUUUCUUUUUUUUUUUGCCAACGUUCCAAACACAGACUUAUCGCGUUGUUCGCAGUGACGAAGAAAAAAAAAAAGAUUGAACAAGAUCGAUUAAGACGUUUAUUAAUUACACCAGAUACAUUACCACGAUAUAUAUAUAUAUAUAUAAAUUCUGACGAUAUAUAUAUAUUUAAUAAUAAAGGAAUAAAUAUCUAUCCAUUAUAUAUUGAUUUGGAAUAUCAGAUGAAAGUAAAGUUUCUUUAAUUAUUAAAUUCGUUAAAUAAAUUAGUGACUAUGAUUAUUGGUAAACGGGUUACAUUUGACGAUUUUACCGUUUUAUUACUUGACCUUAUCUUCUCCGCACAAUCAUUAAAAUAUGAUAAUGAUAAUAAUUAAUACGUUAUUAAUUCACCGGCCGACUAUAUCGUCAGAAUCUGUUAUAUACAUGAGCAUGCGUAUAAAUUCACGAAUAUAUAUAUAUAUAUAUAUAUAUAUAUAUACACGUAUAUAUGUAUACAUACAUGCAAACUACACAUACACGCCAUAUGCUUAAUAUUUGACACACAUUAAUAAUGUAUCGAAGCAAGAGAGAAAGCCAUGGGAAAAAGAAAAAGUAAUAGACGUUUCCGCGAACCGUUUUAAUUAAGUAUCGACAUUUUCGAACGAAAGGAAGAAGGAUUAAUAGUGAAGAAAGAAGAAGAAGAAAAGAAGAAGAAAUCAUUCGAAUGCUAGCGAAAGCGUUCUCACCGCACACUGCGUUAAGUUAGACAAACGAGCAACACGCAGGGUGAAAAUUCCGUUUAAUCUGUGCCAAAUAUCGAGUAAACCAGACUUUUGUUCCUUCGUAUAGAUAAGUAGCAUGAGCAUGGCAGCGCGAGGGAAAAAGAACACAAGCGUGGCGGAUCGGAUAAAUUCAUUGAUAUUCCGUGCAAGAGCCGAUAUUAAAGAUCGUUCACUCCCUUCUCGUAAAUUGUUUCCGGCAUGCAUGUUUAUCGCGACACUCGACAGACUUUUUCUAUCGCUUGUCUACACUUUUUUUAAUACCCCCGUGUGUAUUUCCCUUCCCCCCUCCUCCCUCCCCCCAAAAAGAGAAACCUGUAUAAAUCCUUCCGAGUCGCGAGACUUGAAUGACGAAAAUUAAGAAGAGAAAAAAAACAAAAAAAAUAUAUAUAUCCCCCUCUUCCCCCCAAAAAAACAAGUACCAGAGAAAAAAAAAGAAACGAUAAAAAUAUAUAUGUAUAUAUAUACAUAUUGAAACGUAGAAGGCUGAAACACUGGGAGCAAUUACCACCACAACUACCACCACCGCUUCAACGAUCCUCGCAAAUACGCAUUUCCCGAAUUUUCCAUUUUUCUACCGAAUCACGUUUGACACGAAGCACGAUAUUUUUAGAUUAAGACGAAGAAACGAGAGCGAGUGAGCGAGCGAGCGAGCCAGCCUUUGGCUUCUCAACGAGUCGAUAUGAUUUUCCCGUGCCUUUCGAGGGGAGGAACGAUCGAUUCGAUAGGGUUGAACGCGAGCAAAGCACCGAUCGGCUGAAUUACAAGGGUUAGGAUUCCAUUUAUCCCAACUUAUCGAGGGAUGAGCAAUUCAUGUACAAUAAUAAGAGUUCGUUAAUUCUCUCCAUCUUCGAUUUUUUAAUUAAAAGAAAAAAGAAAAAUAAGUGGACUCGAUAAGUGGAGAUCAUUUAACAACAGAGAUACAAUUGAUCAAGUAUCGAUUGAAAUGGUUAUUCGCUCGAAUAAAUGGAAUUCUAUAACAUAUUCUAUUCUAUCGAUUUCCAAUUUUGUUGGAUCGCGAUCUUCGACGAUCAGAGCUCGUUCAUUGGAAUUGGUUAAUUGGAAUUUUAUUUAUCAUUAUAAAUAAAAUUGUGCAAAAAAUUUAACGAACGAAUUAUAUACAAUUCGAUAUAAGGACGAAUAAUAAUCGUAAUAUUCUAUUCCAUUGAAUAUAUUCAAAUAUUAAGGGGAAAUUAUUUUAAAUAACGAAAGAUAAUCGCGAUUCAAGGAAGAUUGGGAAGUAGUGCUAUAGCUAGACACACGAUAAGUGCGAACACGUCCUUUAUUUCGCGUCUCCUCCCCCUCUCGUUUGCGUUACCAUCGCAUCUUCUUUUUUUUUUUAUUUCCCGCCUAUUUUUUUCUUCCUCUGUUUCUUCAUAUUUUUCUUUUUUAUCGACAUUACGACGACAUAGAUGAAAGAACAAUCUUACAGUGUAAUAAUACAUGCGUCCUGUUUUUGGUCUAUAUAUAUAUAUAUAUUUUUUUCUUGUUUCAAAUUGUGAAUUGCCAUUCGAUACGAUCGAUUAUUAAGCGCAACGUAUUCAAAAAAAAAGAAAAAAAAGAAAAAAAGAAAAAAAGAAAGAAAGAAAGAGUGUAUUUGAGUUCCGAGCAACGCAUGCCGGUAUGCCUAUUAUCGAGAGGGAUUUAGAUGUAAUUGACUUGUGUUUUAAGUAUGUACGCGUUAAGGAAAUAAGCGAAGACAAAACAGAGACGCAAAAAAAAAAAAAAAAAAACACGAGAUAAAAGAAAAAAAAAACAUUAAACACUGGCAUAUGAAUUAAGCAGAAACUUUAGUUAACGUUUAGCAGCUAGGGAAUACGUAGGAAUUGUUAGCAGCGAGUUACACGAUGAAAAAUACACAACCAUGUUAUUAAUAUUAUCUAUCGGUAUGAUAAAUGUGAACGCUAAUCCGUAAUUGUACUGUGUAUAUAUAUAUAUAUAUAUAUAUAUGUAAAUAUAUAUAUAUAUAUAUGUAUACCUAUUAUAGCGAUGUUGCAUACGUUAUACCACGUGAUUACCUAAGGAACGUACGACGUUGAAGGGAUGACGAAGAUACAAAGUUGCAGAGAAGAAUAAAAAGAAGAAAAAGACGAAGACGAAGAAGAAGAAGAAGAAGAAGAAGAUAAUGGUAAUGAUGGAAACAAAGGGGAAGAGAAGUGAGAGAGAGAAAGAAGAAACGAAGGAGGAUAAAAUGUAACGUUUCUCGUACCUCGCGCAAUGCAACAACACGGAACUUUUUCUACGAUUUUCGACGUGUUCAUCAUUUUUCUACGAUUUUCGACGCUACUAUUUCGACGUUUUUCCACUUCGUUCCACCACAUUUGUAAAAACAUUUCCCUUUGCAUCGCGACAGGUACGAAGAGACACCACGUUCUCCCAACUCGUAUAGAAAAAAAAAAAAAAAAAAAUAGGGUAAACCUUCGAAAAAAAAUUCCACGAUGAAAAUGUAACUAACGCAACUUAAUAACGGAUAUAUCGUUUGAAGGGGAGGUAAAAAAAAAAAAAAAGGAAAAAAAAAUGAAAAAAGAAAAAAAAAGAAAAAAAAGAGAGACAGAGACCCUUGUUUAGAGGGUAAGGUACAAAAAGAAGAAAAAAAAAGCAUCUCGAUGUCGUUGUUCGCGCGAGGAACGAACGAGGGCCUAAGCAGACGAGAUUAUAUACCAGCUCCGUUUCCCGACCGUUUUUCGAUUUUAUAUUUUUCUUUCUUUUUUCUCUUUCCCUGAUUUUCCUUUGUUUUCGUUUCUCUUCUCUAGAGUGGGAAAAGAAAAUUAAUUCGACGAUUUCUUCUCCGUAACGAAUCUCCGUAAAAAUCGUUCGAUACUUAUACGCGCGAUAUCUAUCUCCACCAUCUCUUUUUUGGCUCUUAAUAUCACACAGUAAUCGCGACAAUUUUCGUUUCGAUCCUACGUCACUUUACUUUACGUGUUUCUUGCUAUACGACACGUCUGUGUUUUGUCCGCGUUCGGUUCAAAUAAAUAAAAUAAAAUACGAAUAUGAGAUUCGUAUUAAGAUGUAAGCGAAUAUUAUAUGUAAACGAGCAAGAUCGAUAAUUAUUAUUUGUUUUUUUUUUCUCUCUUUAAUUUUUCAAUUAAAUUAGCGUAUAUAUAUAUAUAUAUAUCGUUCCAUGUAUAAAUAAUUUAAUUUACUCGAUAUCCUUCUGUGAAGUUGUAAAUUUGAAUACGAGUAUAUAAGUUAAGUUUAUUCGCUCGUCUGUGAUUAUUUAUUUCAUAUAUAUAUAUAUGAUAAAUAUUAUUAUUUUCGGUUAAUAAUUUAAUAUACGAAAUUUAAUUAUAAAUUGUAAUAUUUAAAACGAUAAGCGAUUAACGUAUCGUAUUUAUUAUUUUAAAGAUUAAUUUUCUUUAAAGAGGAAGAAUUGCAAGUUUUGCAAAAAAAAAAAAGAAUUUAUGGCAAAAACGUUCCAAAUAAUUAUUAUAUUAUUAUUAGGGGGAAAAAAGAAGAAAUAAUAAUCGAUAAAAGAUCGUAUACGUAUACGUAUAUGAUUGCGUAGCAAGGAACACGUAUAACUUCGAUAUUUGAGCGCUUCCACGGUUAUUUAUAUUAUGGAGGAGCGCGUUACUACGUAUACGAGAAUGUUGCGCACACGCGUCGUGUUUAAAUGUAAGUGAGAGAAGAGAAAAGAAGAGAGUUAGCGUACACGCGAUAAAAAAAAAAAAAGAAAUAUCUAUGGAAACGCAUUUACACAAUUUAAUUUUUACAAGCAUUUAGGGGGAAAAAAGAAAAAAGCCUCGAGUUUCCUAAGGUUUCGCAUCGACUCGAUCAAAAUCUCAUUUUUAGUCUCGAGCUGUAUUUCUUCGAAUAUUUCGUAAAUUAACGGAAACAAAUAGAGAAGAGAGAGGAAAAACAUAGUAUGUAUAUGCGUGUAUCUGUGUGUGUGAGAGAGAAAGAGAGAGAGAGAGAGCGAAAGAGACAGAGAGAGAGAAAAGUUUCAUUUUUAACAAACAAACGCACAUCUACUUUCCAUUUUUUUCUUUUUUUUUUUUUUGUUCACGAAGUUCUUAGGGAAGCUAAGAGUCGCAUAAAUAUUUGUAUAGAUUGGAAGUUUGAUUGAGUUAAUUAAACACAGGUGGGCCCAUCAUGGUGCAUUUCUUUCCUUGUGUAGUGUAUUCCAUGUAAAAAUGAUUCGUACGUAUUGUAAUUAGAAACGCGUUGACGUGUAUUUUGCCCAGUAUUCGAGGAUCGCUUUAAGAAAGACCAAAUUUCAAUUAUUAAGUUUAUAACGUUUAUUAUUAUUAUUAUUAUUAUUAUUAUUAUUAUUAUUAUUAUUAUUAAAUAACUAUAUUGAAAUAAAAAUUCAAUAAAUUCGAAUAUUUAAUCGUAGAGAAGUAGGGAUUUAAAUUAAAUUAUUGAUAAUUCGAUUCGGUAUUUAUAUUUAGAUUAAAGAAAAGAAAAAGAGUAAAAAGAUAUAUUUAUUUUUUCCAAUUUUUUCGAUAUAGUUGUAAUCAAAUUAAACUAGCUUUUCGUAUUUUUUAAUUGAAAUGAGGCGAGAGAAUAAAAUAGUUCUAAGUAGAAAGGAAAAAAAUUUAAAUUUCUUUUUAAAUUCAAGUAUUUUGAAUAUUUUUCCUCCUUAUUUUUUUUCUCCUAUUGAUUAGGAGAAACUUUAGAUAUAGUUAUUUAGUAAUUCCAGACAUAUAAAUAUCUUUGAUAGAUAUCAAAUUAAUAAUAUAUUGAUUUUAUGCGAUGACUAAGAAAAAUCUGGAAACGAUGUAUCUAUACGUAAUGAUAAAAAUUUAAUUUGAAUGUAUUUAUAAUUAAUCGAUAAUAAUCGGGACAAAAAGAAGAAGAAACGAGAAAUCAUGAAAGUCUGUUACACAAUUAGAUUGAUUUCCGAUUUGAUUGUAAAUGUUUUAUCAAAAAAUAAGAGAUAAGACACUUGAAAUUUGAAAUACACGUCAGCGUCCCAUGUGUGGUAAUUAUCAACUUUUGUCUACUCGAUCGUCGAUCAUUUGCGAAUAAAAUAUCUUCCUUCGAAACGAAUAACAAUUCUCUUCGUUUAUACAUAGUCUGUCGUAGUACACACCACAUGUGGGUUAACGAACAAACAAACAAACGAACAAAAAAAAAAGCAAUAAAAGAACAGUUAAAAAUGCAAAGAAGAAUGACUGAUCAAAAAAAAAAAAAAAAAUGACGGAUUUUUGAGUGGUGAUUCAUUCGCAUUGGAUUUAUAUGUAUCGUGUUUUUCUACGAAUUUUUACGUUAAUUUUCAACAAACGAUAUUUAAUUAAGAAUCCAUACGAUACGUUAGAUAGAAAGAUAAAAAUAAAAAUAAAAAAAAAAAAUAGAAGCAAGAAUUAUUCGAAUCACCAUUUAAGAGUUCCCUUAAUAGGAAGAGAAUGAUACGAUAGUACACCUACUUGUUCCAUCACUGUGAAUGAUCGAUUCGCGUUCGAUCAAGGCGAGUUUCAUUUUUUAUCGUUGACUAUAGUAUAUAAAUUAUAUAUACACACAUACACAGAAAAGUAUAUAAACGAAACAAUGGCUCCUACUAACAUCUUUACAUAUUUUGCGUUAGAGAGAAUCGAGAGAGAAGAGCGAAUAGAUGAAGAAAUUAAAUCGUGUUUAAUCAUUGUUACAAUGAGACGCUAAAUAGACGGAAGAAAAUAUAAAGAAAAAAAAAAGAAGAAGAAGAAGAAGAAGAGGAGAGAAGGAGGAAAGGAAGAGGAAAAGAAAAGUAUAUAUAAGUAAAGAAACGACGAGGCCGAGGACGAAGAAUAAUAUAAUAUAAACGUAGAACGUAGAAUUAAGGGGUUAUAAAAAAAAAAGAGUUGGUAAAAGUGAAAGGAGAAAUGAGGAGGAAGAAGAGGAGGAAUCCUUUUAACGUUUAGGCGAGCGUGGCUGUGCGGAUAGCGAGCGAUUAUGAAUUAAUUAGAGGACAAGAGGUUUAUCGUUAAGGAUAAUUAUCGAUUUAAUCUUUUCGUGGCAAAUGACGACUGAAAGCUGCGUUUCACUUUAAUCGUCCACCGUGAGAAUAAACAAACACGGGCAAACAUUUCUUCGAAUCCCGGUGAAAAAAAAUAUGGAAGCGAGCAAUUUCUAUUUCUCAUAUCUCUCAAGAUCCGCUCAAAAGGAAUUCAAAUUUUAUUUUUUUGAACUUCGUAUAAUAUUGUAAAGAAAGAAAGAAAAAAAAGAUAAUCCAUCAAAUUGGCAAUCGUGCUUUCGAAUUUUUCUAUCUAAUCCACCUCUUACGAUAAUAAUACUACUCGCGAUGAUAAUGAGACUGAGAACAAUCGACCCGAGAAGAAUGGCAACGAGUUGCCUUCGCGUGGACGAAUAUCGAUCGAGUAUCGUUAUUAUUUUUCUAAAAAUGUACAUGUACUUUCGGUCGCCACAGGCCCAAUGGAAACAGUGCGAGAGAGAGAGAGAGAGAGAAAGAGAGAUUGCGUUUAGCAUAAGUCGUAGAAGGAUAGAAUGUAUUGCCACAAUGUAUUUUGCGUGUACGAAAGGAAUGAAAAAGAAGAAGAAAGAACAGUGUAACUGAUGUUAAAAUUUGCGAGAAGAAGAAGAAGAAGAAGAAUGCUAGAGAUAUUGUAGAUGUAGAAAAAGUGGAUAAGCGUACGAGAAUUUAAAUAGAAAUAGCGGAUAAGAGUGAAUAAGGGUAUGGCAAUGAUCAGGUUCCGUAGAUAGAUUCUUGUUUCUGAUAGAUGAUAGAAUUGAAUAGCUUUUACGAGGUUGGAGCGACAAAAAAUAUCGAUGUUCAUUCAACACGAGAGAGAAAA